AUGUCAACUAAUUACUACUGGCAGGCUGUCCACCCAGUCUACGGAGUACCUAUUUCCGUCGUGCAGGCCACCGAGCAACCAGUAAUCCGCUGCGACGUCCGUCAGAGACACAAUCUCCCUUCUAGAUCAUGGGCCGUACGUAUCUCCACAUGGACGAACACUAACUAUUUCUUAUGGUCUUUGUGCGCUGGACUCGCCGGCUAUCGUUCUGACGAGGAGUGGACGAAUAUCUUCGAGACUCACUAUCGAAAGACUUGGGAUGAGAUCCAGGCCAGAGUCCAAGAGAGCGAUGGGCCUUAUAGGUUCGGUGUGCCUAUUCCAAUGCCUCCAGUUACCCAGGCUGUAGUCAUCCACCACCCCGAGAGUGGUCCUGCGAAGACAUUCACGGUUCGUCCCGAGACUCGUCCGUCCUAUCUUGUCCCUUGGGUAACUAGCAUGUCUUCACAUGCUGUAUGGGGACUUUUGAGGUUUGUGACUGAACGACAGUCCCCUGUACCUGAUCUUUUUGACGUAGUAAUCGACACAUCGCCGCUAGGGCAUUCGCGCCCUGUAGGUACACGGACUGACCAGAGAUUGUCUGGAAAAAGCGUAUCUGAUGGCGAGUCGAAGGAGGAUGUUGUAGACACAUUCUAUCAGUUUGGCAAUUGA